ACAUGCUCAAUCUUUCAUCGCAUGUGACAAUAAGUCGUAUGUCUGUGCCGACUGUGCGAACAUUUUUGCUUAUGUUAUAUCUCCAAAACCAGUCAUCGAAUCAAAAUCGCUCGGCAGCAUCUUCGGGCUAUCAGCCUUCUUUGACAGUCGGACAGUAAAAGAAGUUCGUCAUCAAUCCGUUGACUUCGAAGCCUACCCCGAUUCCUGGCGCUUCCUGUCAGGCGCAGCCCUAGUCUCAUUCUACAAUUGGGAGCUUCAUCGAAGGUCCUUCAGUGAGAGCUAUACUAUACCAGAGCUAUACUAUACCAAGAAUAGAGUUAUACAGCUACGCGCCAUGGAAGCUGCAUUUCAAUCUGGCUUCGCAUCAGCACUACUUGAUAUCUUGUUUAAUAGGGUGACAGAUGUUUUUCUCACCGAGCUCAAGAAAAUAAAAAAUGUUUACGAGGCUGUGGAUAAGCUAGAAACUACUGUCAUUGAAGCACAAUCACUGCUCCUUCAGGUGGAUAGUUCCCAUUUUCAGGGCAUAGCACGACAUGCCAUGAAAAAACGGGUUGACACCUUGACCGGGCUUUGCUAUGAUGCUGAGGAUGUGAUGGAUGAAAUAGUACUCCUGAUGUCAAAGGAUAACUUGGGUUCUGGCAAGAAAAUAUGGUGGUUCCGUGAUGCCAUCUUGCGAUAUUUGAAAACAUGGGCAAUAGGGCACGGCAUCAGCAAGCUACAAAUCAAGUUUAAUGCUAUACUGGAGCAAUUGAAGGAUCUUAUUGAUCUUUCAAAAAAGACGAGUAAUGGGUGUCGGGACCUGACUUCAGAAGUGCCUUCAGAUAGGGAGGGAAGUAAUCCAGUACCUUUAGUUGGGAGAGACAAUGAUGUCGAUGAGAUCAUUAAGAUGUUAACUUCACACCACUCUGAAAAAGGAGUUUCAAUUGUAGGUAUGGAUGGACUUGGAAAGACAAUGCUUGCUCAACAUAUUCUAUGUGACCCAAGGAUUGAUAGAAAGUUUCCUAUCAAACUAUGGGUGCCUAUAUCAGAUGGCUACUUUAAUAAGCAAGACGUAUGUGAUAGGUUGGAUAAAGGUGCCGUUUUGGUCAAUUGCAAAUCCGAAGCAGAAGAGUCAUCUGACAACAAUGUGGCCCUCAAACUUCAGCAAAACCUGUUGAUUGUCUUUGACAACUUGUUAAAGAUGAAAUUAACUGACUGGGAUGAUUUUUGGGUUAAAAUUUCAGCUAAGAAAGUUGGUGAAAUAAAAAUUUUCGUGACUACUAGUAAUGCAUCAAUUUCAAAGUCGACUGGUACCUGUGCAUAUAAUCUAAAGCCCUUGUCCGAUGAAAGCUGCAAAACUUUGAUCGAGAAGAAAGUAUGCCUCCAUAAUCCGAAUUUAUGUGGCCAGCCUGAGUUUUCAUACGUGGCUGGCAAACUAGCUAGUAAAUGUGAAGGCUUGCCUUUCGUUGCCAGAAUUAUAGGACUUGUCCUAGCUACAAGUCAUAAAAAUGAUUGGAGCGACUUAUUAGAAAAAGACUUGAGUCACUGGCCAGAGUUUAAAGCAGAAAUUUUUCCUGUAUUAAGCUUGGGGUUCAAGGAUAUGCAAUUACAUGUGAAGAAGUUUCUUUCUUACUUUUCACUCUUUCCUCAAAACUACUGCUUUGUUAUGGAUGACUUGGCCCAGCUUUGGGUGGGAGAAGGGUUCAUUGAGCAACUGAAUGACUCAUCAAGCUUGCAAGCCUACGUAGAUGCUCUUCUUGAGACGUCGAUUUUCCAAGUUUGUGAAGAUGCAAACCAUGCUGGAAGGCCAAGUUAUCAGUUGCAUAAGUUCACUCACGAUUUUGCUCAAGUAGUUGCUUCAAAGACUUGCCUGCAGAUUCAAGGUGUGUCUACCUUAUCUUCCAUAGAUAAAGAUAUUCGACAUCUGUCUUUGUUGUGCGAUAAUAUUCCUCUCUCAAUAUGGACAGAAUUGGGGACAUAUAAACGCAUACGGACUAUUCUUUCACUACAUGCUGAUAACAAAAAUGUCAAAAUGCCGAAAAUUCCUCGCCAUCUUUUCAAGUCACUAACUCAUCUUCGAGUAUUAGCUUUGAGUGGAACUGAUGUUGCUGAGGUUCCAGAUUCCAUCAAUAAAUUGGAGCAUCUUCGGUACCUUGAUGUCUCCAAUACCGCUCUAAGUAAUUUGCCUGAUAAGCUUUCUACUCUUUCUACCUUGCAAUUUCUCAAGCUUAAAAACACCGCACUCUCUCAUUUGCCAAAAGAUUUUCAUAAAUUGACUAGCUUACUGUUCGUGGAUUGGGACAAAAGUGAACUAAAUCGGUUAACUCUACCAGCACACAUUGGAAACCUUUCGAGCCUUCAAACCCUUCCUUUGUUUCAUGUUGGUAACAAAGAUGGAUAUUCUAUUACAGAGCUGCAGAAUAUGAAUCAUCUUCAUGGCGCCAUUUGCAUAACGAAUCUUGAGAAUGUCAAGGAUAGGGAAGAGGCCAAAGCCGCCAUGUUACAUAAGAAGACAUCACUCAGAAGAAUAGAACUACAAUGGAAUAAAUCUACAAAUAGUUCUCUUGCUAGAGAUAUCCUUACAGGACUAAGACCUCCUCUGUACUUGAAGGAGUUGAAGAUAACAGCUUACUGUUGCUAUAUUUUUCCCGAUUGGAUAGCCCAACCGCUCCCUAUGCUUGAGAAGAUACACUUGCAGAGAUGUCAUUCUUGUACCGUCUUGCCAGCGUUCGGGCAACUCCCAGCUCUCCGGACCCUCAUCAUUCAAGAGAUGGAAAGUAUAACAUCUGUUAGCAACAGCUUUUGCGGACAACUUGUUGAUGGUAAAUGUUUCCCAUCAUUGAACACAUUGGAGUUCAAUGAUAUGCCUAAACUUGAAGAUUGCACAGGAUUGGAAGCAACUAGAAUGCCGCAACUUCGUGUCCUAAAAUUUGUGAACUGUCCCAUGAUGAACACUCUUCCUUUGCUUCGAAAUCUUACUUCGUUAAAAGAUUUGCAAAUCAGACGAUGCAAAAGUUUGGUGACACUUCCAGAUGUACUACCCGCACUCGAGUCCCUUAUAAUAAGCGAGAGUGAUAAGCUUGAAGCUAAACAAUAUCAAACUGGAGGCAGCAAGGAACGGAGAAAGGUGGAAUAUAUUCCAUAUAUAGAGAUCAAUGGCGAACUGAUUUAGAGUUAUGGUAUUUCAACGUCUUCCUGCAUCAACUGUCGUCAUCAUGGAAACAUUGUUUAUCAGGUGCAUUUCAGCAAUUUAAAUCAGAUGUAACAAUGUUAGUUUAUCAUCAUAAUUACAUUAGCUUUGAUGUUUACCAUUAAAAUGCAAAUCUUCAUUGUACUCAAAUUACGCAUAACCAAAUUUUACCUCUUGUAAUGCACGGGAGGUUUUUGUUCGUGUAAUUGAGAACUUGUUAAUGUACUGUUUAAGUUGUUGCGUUUUUGUAAUAAAUUUGGAUGAUGUGACUUGAACCAUCAUCAUUCAUCCAGGAUAACUGACUUUCCUCACAUUUCUAAUGCAAAUGGUUUAAUGUUUAUGUGUACUCUUCACUUU